AAUACUCGUUCCAUUGUAAGUUCCGUGUGCAGAGCAUCAUUCUGAAACUUUUGAAAAUUGAAGAUGAGAACAUUAUUAUGAUUUUGGAUUAUUUAACUGUUAUGACUGUGUGAAAUGGGUCAACGUUUUUUAAUUUAACACAGUUUUGAUCUUUUCUUUUGAGAAUAUCAGAUAUACAAGCGAUAUUCAGCUCUCAAACCAUUUAUAGAAUCGGUCUAUCAGCGAAAUUUGUUGCAUCCACUUUCAAUGAUCACUAUUUUUGAGCAUCACGUUCUGAAAUUUGUAAAGUUCUCUAAUGGACACUAUAUGAGAACACCAAUGGGCUCAAUUUUUGAUGUUAACUGACAAUAUACUUCGUGGGUUAUAAUAUUAGAGGGAACAGGUUAUUGGGCGAGGGAGAUGGAAUACUAAGAUGUCGACAAUCUUAUUCCUUCUACUCAGUCUUUGGAUACCCGCUCAGAUAGCAACAAGACCAGGCGAGACACUGUCAGUGAGCCUGGAUGAGCUGUUGAACAGCCUGCUGAUGGACUCGACCCCCUCCCCACAGGACGACGGACCCCCCACCUCCCCCCAGCCAAGGCCCUUCUUCGAGCACAUCAACGCCACAGAUGACGUCUCCAUUCAGCUCGGAGAUCCUGUCGUAUUCCACUGUCGAGUCAACAACCUCACUGACAUGACAACUGUGUCAUGGCUGCGGCGUAGCGGCAGUCGGUUGACUCUGGUGUCGGUGGGCCUGGAGGUCUACGCCAGUGAUGGCCGCUUCUCGGUGGAGCUGGUGCGACCCAACGACUGGCAACUGCAGCUCACCGCCGCAUCCCGCCACGACGAGGGCCUCUACGAGUGCCAGGUCUCCUCGCAUCCGCCUCUCGUGCACACCGUCCGUCUCACUGUCAUAGCAGUACCUGAGCUGGAGAUCCUCGACGAGAGAGGUCUGCCGAUCAGGACCAAGUUCUACAACGCGGGCAGCACCAUUGAGCUGAAGUGCGUCACCACGCAGGCGCCGCAGCCCAAUCAGCUGCUCAUCUGGAGACACGGCUCCAAAACACUCAACUACGACACUAACAGGGGAGGCAUCAGUGUGAAGACUGACGUGGAAGAGGCGGGAACGAAGAGCAGACUGUUCAUAGCGAAUGCGUUGCCAUCCGAUUCAGGCAACUACACGUGUUCACUCACUGACGUCGCCGUCACAUCAGUCCUCGUCCAUGUUCUCAACGGAGAAACGCCAGCAGCGAUGCAACAUGGUGAGAACAGUGCAUCAAACAUUUGCUCAACACUAGGUGUCAUCCUAGUGAUUGCUUUCAGCAUGCACACAUCCAAUCCAAUUUAAAACAAAUGUUUUUCAAGAAAAUCUACAAGAAAUACAUCAUUAAGGAGCACCAUCUAUGAGAGUGAUUGAGGAGUUCAAGUGCCUGAUGACCAUCCAAUAUUGAGAUCAUUGACAUUGAAAUUUGAAGACAUUAUUAUCGUGGAAUACUGAUUUAAAGACAUUUUUCAAUCAUUGUGUAGAAAUGAUAGGAGUUGUAAAUAAAAAUAAAACUGUAUGUAAAGUGAUUCAAUUCAAGGACAGACUUAUAAUUCCUUCUUGUUUGUACUUCGACAGAAUAAAAACGUUUGAAGUAAUUUUUAAACGUUGAAUAUUGAUUCC